GACAAGGCCAACAUUUGACGUAUUUGAAAAUGGAAUUUUGACGUCCUUGAAAAUAACAAAUAACCUGAAAAACUAGAAAACUUAUAGAAAGAACGUCAAUAGUAAAGUCCAUUAAAACUAAAUCAGAUUAAUUAUGACUCCAUUCAGGAAUUCGAUCCAUUAAGGCUUUUGAUGGUUUAUUUUAUAACUUUCUAUUGUCAAAAAGCAGUGCAAGUGAAGGAUGACUCAUCUUAAGUAAUGAAAGGAAAAGGAUAAAACCAACAAAAACAAACAACACAUAAAGACAAAAUAUACUUUUUUAAUUAAAAGUUAUGUGCCUUAUUUUUAGAUUAUAAGAAAAAUAUACAUCAAAAAUGGAUGAUAGAAGGGUUGCAGAUUAUUUUGUGGUGGCUGGUCUACCUGAUAAUCCAGAGCCUUUAGAUGAGACAACUCUAUCUGAAGGAGGAAAUUUGAAAGCCAGUCAUGGACAGCCCCCUAUUACAGAUAUCAGUGUUAUAUUUCCUAGCUUGGGAGAAAACAAGCCAGAUGAAUAUGAAGUAAUAACAAAAACACCAACAGGACUAAGUGCUGACCUAAACCAUGGUAGUUUAAGAACGGUUGAAUGCUUUUUGUGUGUUAGAAGAGGGAGAGAUAAACCACCUUUAGUUGAUAUAGGUGUUAUGUAUGAAGGAAAAGAAUGGUUGAUGGAAGAUGCAGAAGUAGUGAAAAAAAGUGUGGGUGGUAAUGUUGCUAAUGUAAAUAAUUCAACUUCUCAAACAUUUAUCACAUUUAGAAGAGGACCAAAAUCGAUGCCAUGUAAUGCAUUGGUUGUAACAGAUGUUUGUGUGGUGAUUGCUAGCAAAGGGGAAUCCCCACCACAUGCUUUCUGUUGUAUCAGCAAAAAUUUGAACAAGGGUAUAGUAGGAAGUGAUGUUUUCUUGUGUUAUAAGAAAUCAAUGAAUCGUGCUACCCUUUUAAAUUACAAACCAGAUUACUUAUCAAGAUAUCCUUUGGGGGACCUACCAGAAUUUCCUUUUCCUAAUUCUGUGCCUUUAUUUUGUUUACCAAUGGGUGCGACACUCGAACUCUGGUCAAAAGAGGCCACCCAACUUAAGCCUGUUUUUAGUACUUUUGUCUUAACAGUCUCCGAUGCUAAACACAAAGUCUACGGCUCAGCGGUGACCUUUUAUGAAAGAUUUCCGGAGGAAAAAUUGACUGAAAAGCAGAAGGAAAUGUUGAAAUACUCCGAGGAGUCUGAUUCUCUUCUUUAUGCCAACAAGAGUAUUUGUGUACUCUCACAUUGGCCUUUUUCUGAUGAUUUCGAAGUUUGGUUGAGAUGGUUACAUAGUAUCGUUACAAACGGGCAACCACAACAGAUCCCCGUCGAAAGAUAUAUCACCCAACUUCUGGACGAAGUACCGUUUCCAUCGCCCAGAAUUCUUUUGCAAGUCUCGACCCAAAACAAUUUGGAUCGAGUUAUUCUCACCCAACCUGAAGACCUACCGUUGCCGCGGAGCGCCGCUAGUUUCAAACAACUUCUCAUCAGCUUAGGCCCAGAAAAUUGUCUGCAAGUUUUGCUUUUGAUGUUGACCGAACAGAAAGUGCUGAUACAUUCUUUGAGGCCGGACACUUUGACGUCUGUGGCUGAAGCUGUAUCGUCCAUGUUGUUUCCUUUCAAGUGGCAGUGUCCUUACAUACCUCUUUGUCCACUUGGCCUUGUUGAAGUUCUCCACGCUCCGUUACCGUUCCUUAUAGGAGUUGAUUCUCGAUUUUUCGAUUUGUAUGAUCCACCAUCGGACGUUAGUUGCAUAGACCUUGAUACCAACAUUAUAACGGUUGCUGAGACACAACGACAAAAUUUGAAUAUCAAAUUGCUUCCUAAGAAACCGGCGAAAAUUUUAAAAUCUACUCUAGACUACCUCUAUUAUCAGUUAAGGAACAAUACUGCGAAUAAUACUCAGGAUAAUAUGGUUCAGGACGACAUAGAACUGGAAUUUCAAAGGAGAAAGAAACAGCAAGCUCAGGAAUUGGAAAUACAAGAAGCAUUCCUCAAAUUCAUGGUUUUGUCUCUAAGAGGUUACAGAUCUUAUCUGUUGCCGAUUACAAAAGCUCCAACUGUCGGUACCACUGACCCCGAGGCUUUGUUUCAACUCACCGAUUUUCUUAAAAGCAGAGAUAAGGCUAAUCAUCGAUUUUUCACAUUGGUGAUGAAAACUCAAAUGUUCAUCAGAUUCAUUGAAGAGAGAAGUUUUGUGGCUGACGGUGAUCAAGGUUUGGCAUUUUUUGAUGAUUGCAUUGAAAAAAUCGGUCACGAAGAUAACACUAAUUUCAGACUAAUCGAAUUAGAUUCUGUUCAUAAAAGUGACAGAACCGUUUUUGUUUUACCGCCCGAACCCACUGUACCCGGUGAAAUGUAUCAAUACACUCAUUUUAAUUUGAAACCAGAGUUACUGAUAAAUCUCGGUAAGAAGAAAAAUCCUUUAUCGUCUUUGUUUCAAUCAGUAACUCCGGGUUCGCCGAUGACAAGGCGAACUAAACAGGAAAUAAAAACUGCUCAAAAACUAGCUCGAAAAUACGUCCGCUCACCUGACCUAUGGGCAAGAUGUCUGAGCGGAACUUGUCACACUUUAUAUUUCAUGAUCCUGCCGAGUAUGCUUCACCUGAACACCGGCAAAGAAAAAGCCAUUUUACAACAAUCCUACGAGUUACUCGUAAGAGCUACUAAGCUAAGAUUGGCGUGCGAUGAAGUAUGCUAUCGAUUGAUGAUGCAACUGUGUGGAGAACAUUCCAGACCUCUGUUGGCUGUCAAAUUGUUGGUGUUGAUGAAAAAGUUUGGUAUCCAACCUAAUGCUCUUACUUAUGGAUUAUACAAUCGUUGUGUUUUGGAAGCAGAGUGGCCGGCACAUUCAAGUUCCAGUCAGUUAUUAUGGAACAAGUUAAGGAACGUAGUAAUGGGUGCAGCUCAUUUCAGAUGGGCGGCAAGAAGGAAAUACGCCAAUAAUAUGUCAGCUUCGACGGAAGGAGGUACCAGCUUAUUGGACCAAACCGAUAGAGCAGUUUCUCGAUCGUCAUUAGAUUCUCACGAGGCGAUACGUGAAGAGAAUACUCACGUUUUAAAAAGGGGCACUAGUAUCAUUAAGGGUAGUCUGAGCGGUCUCGAAGAAGUCGACGGAUUAGAAAUUGAUAACGGAAAUGACGAUAUUGCAGAAGAGAAUAUCGAGAGUGUUGCUAACGAAAAUGACGGAGAUGAGAAAUUGAACGAAUGUGAUAAUGAUAAAAAAUUUGUUGGAACGCCCGAUAGUCCAUCUGAACAUAGACUGUUAUCUAGGUCUGAAAGUGCUGCUGAUGCGAAUUUAAUAGAUCAGAUUGUUAAUAAAAAAAGCUGUUCGAAAGCACUGCAAUUCAACAACAAUAGCAUUGAAGAAAAGGAAUUGUUGGAGAACGGAAACAGCUCUCCAGGAAAAGUUUCCCGUGAAAUAAUAACUGAAAACGAUCCCUUAGGAGCAUUUACUCUUCCGCUGGAAGACGCUAACGCACCUCGUACACCUCAACCGUCCCAAUUUACAGACUCACCGCUGAUCAAAAAUAACAAUCUCACUAUCGAGCCCGUCCUUUUUCGAUCGUCAGUUCAACGAUCGGCCACGUUCGAGGGUAGUCCGCCCUCGCAAAGUAAACUCCAUAGAUCAGAGACUGUCCCCGCUGCCACCGUGGCUUCUAGUUUAGCCAGCUUCGGAUCUAGUUUAAAACUUGGUUUCAGCCGCUAUUCACCGUCACGCCUGUCCCUGCGCAAAGCUGAUUUGAAAGGGCCGCAGCAGUUCAUUGAGAAUGCCAUUAACACUUUGAGUCCAAGUAGUUUAACUAGUAAAAAAUCCAACGAACUAAUACAAGGUGGUCUCAGUUCGAUUAAGUCAGCCGCUACUACCAUGGUGAAAAAAAUGGAGGAAAUCAAGGAGGCCAUGUCAACCAAUUCGACACCUGUCAAAGUAGCGAGUGACAGAUUGGCUGCCGGGGAUGCUUCGGAAUGCGCGGAAUGCGAGUCGAACGACGGAAGCGAUUGUGGCGGUGAUAGGCAUAGAAAAAUUUCAGCCGAAAUGAGCAGUUACAAGGGAAGUUUUACCAAUUUGAAAGAGUACGAUGAAAAUCUGCCGGAAAGCUUGUUUCCGACGCCUAAAGAAGAUAAGAAUGAUAGCGAACUAGAUAUUACUUUAACCACCUGCUCCCAAUGCCACAACUGUUCCUGUCUUCUUUACGACGAAGAAAUCAUGGCGAAUUGGUCAUCGGAAGACUCAAAUUUAAACACGAUUUGCCAAGUGUGCAACAAAUCCACUGUUCCAUUUUUAACUGUCACCAUAACUGGCACUGAUAUCGAACCCUGUAACCCAUUCAGCAUACCCUACCUGAACCCGCUCGUUCUGAGAAAAGAAUUAGAAAAUAUUUUAACGCAAGAAGGAGAUUUGAGUUUGUCGGACUCGAAAUUCGUCGACGACCAUCCGAUAAUCUACUGGAAUCUCGUUUGGGUGUUUGAAAGGAUAAACGUGCAAACGCAUCUACCUAAUUUGUACUUAAAGAAUAAAGUUGAUUCUGAGAAUUUAGGAAGCGAUAACAAGUUGAACGCUGACAGCUGUGAUAAGUUAGGUAACGGCGGCAGUAAUAUGGAGCCCGUUGAAGAAGGGACGGAUCCUUUGACUCAAGAACUCACAGCAUUGGCUGGCCCAAAGGAGAAGGAAACUCAAAUGGCAGCGCAGGUCCGCUUAAGAUGCCACUGGGACGAACCGGGUCUUCAUACAGAGGGUCCUCCGAUGUACAUAUUGUGGAAAACGAGGGAUACGUCACAAUUUAAUUCGAACGGAAAAAGUCUUAUUACAAAAACGUUCAUGCAGCAGAUCAUAAACUUUAUACGUGUAAGCGACUUGGCAGAGCCUGUGAGGACGUUGGCUAAAGACAGGAAGGACGAAGUAAAUAAUAAGUGCAACUCUAUUUACAGAGACAUUUUGUUCUUAGCUUGCAGAGUAUUGGGCAGAGCCCAAAUAGACAUUAAUACGUUCGAUAAAGAAUACGCGGCGGCGUAUUCCAGGGCAACCGAAAGACAAAACAAGCUUUAUCCACAAGACAAACCGAUCAGUUUGUCAGCUCUUUAUUGUAGACAAUAUUUCAGACCUUUGACGUUGCCUUGAGUUCUACUAAGACCGGUUUUCUGUUGAAAAUUUUGGUUUUUGGUUGUUAUGUUAUACCUUUUUUUUUAAUCGUUAAAUUUAAUGCAGAGCAUUAUUUAGUUAAUAGUUUAUUUAUGAUACAUAACUUUGUUUUUAAGGUUUAACAGUAUUUGCUGUAGGCAUCUAGUGGUGUAAAAUAAAUUGUUAAUUUCU